AGGCAGGACUUGGCUUAGGCCACAAGACAAACCUCUUUAUAUAAAGCCCUCCCCCCUCGCUGGCCUCCGCCCAAAGCAUCCUAAAUUCCGAUAAAUCUUUGUUGACUUUAAGCAUGGCCGGAGGAACUGAAGCUUUUCCUGAAUUGGGAAGACAUUGCCAACAUUCAGACUGUCAUCAAUUAGAUUUUCUGCCUUUCAAAUGCGACGGUUGUCACAAGGUGUUUUGUUUGGAGCAUAGGUCAUAUAAGUCUCACGAGUGCCCGAAAUCGGAUCAUAAGAGCAGGAAGGUGGUAGUUUGUGAAAUCUGUUCGACCUCGAUUGAGAUAAGAGGAGAAGGGGAGGAGGAGAAGAUGGUGUUGGAGAGGCAUGAGAAGUCUGGAGAUUGUGUUCCGAGGAAGAAGAAGAAACCAACUUGCCCUGUUAGGAGGUGUAAACAGAUAUUGACGUUCUCUAAUGCAAGCGUUUGCAAAACUUGCCAAUUGAAGGUUUGUCUGAAACACAGGUUCCCAUCUGAUCAUGCUUGCAAACAGGCUUCCACCGUGCCAGCUCAGGCGGCUAGAAGCGGAUGGAAUGAGAAGUUCUUGGCUGCUUUUGCUUCAAGGAAUGGGAAAGAUUGUGCCAAGAACGGACAGCGGUCAUCUCCAACUACUCCAUCUGUGAAGGCCUAUUAGGACUUACAUACAUUACAUGGUUUCCUUUUUUUUUCCUUUCUAAUGUACAAUUAAUUUUUCAUAUUUGGUUCGAAAAACUGCAUUUGAAGCAGCGAGGGAAUACGCACAAUGGAAAAAGCUACAAUCUCCUAUUCUUUAA